AUGAAGUCGGCCAAGGCGUCUCCGGCGGAGAGCCUGUCGCAACGCCGGUCGCAGCCAGCCCGCCAGGCUCGGACGAACCCUUCUCGAAGCACCGCGACUAUGGGCCGCUCUGGAGCUGGUAGAGACUCGAUCGGCGGCGACCAGCCCAUCGACAUCUUCCCAGCGAUCACCCACUUCGCCGACUGCGUCACCGCCCUCCCCAAGGAGCUGGUUCGCCAUUUCACUCUUCUUAAGGAAGUCGAUGCCAAACUUUUUGCGCCCGAAGAACAGCUCUUUCGACUUGUCGCCGCCGCCACUAAUGCUCCCCUCCCCGAGCCACGCACGAACAAUGAGGCCUCGAGCGGAAUUGCCCCAACCUCCGCGCCCAUGAGCGCCCAGAAUAGCUCGAGCGGCAUGGCAAUCAACAACGCCCUCCAACCUAUACCGUCGGUCGACGAAUCCCACAAGGACCUGGUCUUUGACCCCUCCAACCUUCCUCGCCGCCACCUCUUCCGCCAGACCGCCGUCAAGAUCCAAGAGAUGCUGGUGUCGCUCGAAGAAAAGAAUCACGUUAUAUCAACUGCCAACGAGGCACUGCAAGCCCAGCUUGCUCGUAUCGAAGACGUCUGGCCACACCUAGAGAACGAAUUCAGCGAGGAAGCCAAAUGGGGAAGCAAUACCCACUGGGCGUAUCCUGAGAAUCGCCUCGCGAGAUCACACGUUGACCGUACACGGCGCGAUGGCGCCGCAGCCAUCUCUGCUGCAGCACAGGCUUUGGCCGAAGAGGCAGCCGCUAGAAGCGAUGCUCGAAAGCAAGCCGUGCAGGCCAAGAAGAACUCAAGAAACCACAACAAUCACGCUAAUCAUAAUGCCCACCACGACUCCGAAGCGGACGAUCACGACGGUAAACAUAAGGCCGAGAGUACCAAGAAGACGGCCAAGUCUCGCAAGACGGCAGAGAGCGCCAAUGUUGGCCUGGGCAUCUCUACGGCAGCAGCCAACAACGGCAACCCGCCUCAGAAACGACGCAAGGUGGAAAAGACAACCAACGGGGCCGCGACAACGGAACGCGCCAUGAGCACCGUCUUCGGGACCGCUGCACCAAAGCCGAAGACCGCGAGUCCGAGGGCAACGCCUGCUCCUGAACCGCCCAAGAAGAGAAAGGCGCUUCCAUCAGGGAGCGGCCAGUCUAAGAAGAGUAAGAAUGGAGUCGCCGGCAUGUCACCAUCAGUCAAUUCGUCGCCAGUCAUCACAGAGCUUCCCGAGCCGAAGAUUGCUCCUGUUCGAGCUUCGCCAGCGCCCGUGGUUACGCCAAACCCAGCCCCAACGCGCGCACGACAAAACUCAAUACAAUCCGCAAAUGUUGAAAGUACCAAGGCACGACCGACGUCAUCAGCGUCUAACAAGCCUAAUGGGAAACCUGCUGGCACGCCAGAUCCUGGGACACAGCCAACGAAUUGGCCUCGAAACGGUGCUGAUACAAACGCUGUCAAGGAGCCCAGUGUGCCUAUCAAGACGGAAAGCUCCAAGAAAGACACCGAGCGGACAGAGGUUGUUGCUUCUGCUCCGCCACCGACGACGACCAGCAGCAAGAAGGAGACCAAGACGGACGAGAACGAACGUAAGAGCGAAUCGGUACCACCAGCGCCGCAGAGCGUGACAGUCACAACCAAGAGUGGAAGGGCCAGUAAGCCGUCAACACCGGCAUUGGCGACAUUCCAGGAAGCGGCUCAAUCGCGGUCGCGGUCGUCGAGAAACAAUGACGCAGCUGGUGCCAAGAAGAGCCAGAAGAAGGUCGCUCCCACGAUCCAUGCAGCGGUUGCUCAGUUGGCAGACGAAGACACAAACAGCAGCAUGCAGGGCGACGAGGAUGACGCAGACAUUGACGCAGACGAGCCAACGUAUUGCUAUUGCAAUGGCGUCAGUUACGGUGAGAUGGUAGCGUGCGAUGCGGAUGAAUGCCCGCGUGAGUGGUUCCACCUCGAGUGUGUUGGACUCAAGGUCGCACCAGGAUCAAAAGCAAAAUGGUAUUGCGAAGACUGCAAGGAGCGCCUCAAAAUGGGAGGCAAGAAGACGAACAGCCGGUAG